AUUUAUUUAUUUAUUUAUUUGCACAUCCAAACGAAGUGAAAUCUGAGUCACACAGUCAAUCGGUCGCAGGGGGGAAAAAAAAAUCCUCUGACCCUCGAUCAAACCCUAGCAAUCAAAUUUGUUCCUCCAAGAAGAGUAUCAAGAAAGUAGCUAACUAAGUUGAUUGAUGGGGAGCGAAGAAGAGAAUGCAGAGUUCUACUUGAGAUACUACGUCGGACACAAGGGCAAAUUCGGUCACGAAUUCUUGGAGUUUGAGUUCAGGCCCGAUGGGAAGCUUCGAUACGCUAACAAUUCCAAUUACAAAAACGAUACCAUCAUUCGCAAGGAGGUUUAUCUUACUCCUGCUGUUCUUCGCGAGUGUCGUCGUAUCAUUUCCGAUAGCGAGAUUAUGAAGGAAGAUGAUAACAACUGGCCUGAACCCGACAGAGUUGGGCGUCAGGAGCUUGAGAUUGUUAUGGGGAAUGAGCAUAUCUCCUUCACAACUUCCAAGAUUGGUUCUCUUGUUGAUGUUCAAAGCAGUGCUGACCCCGAAGGCCUUCGCAUCUUUUACUAUCUUGUUCAGGAUUUGAAGUGCUUUGUCUUCUCUCUUAUUUCACUUCACUUCAAGAUCAAGCCUAUAUAAGAUGUUCACAAUUAUUCGAGUUUGUCCUCUUGGGAAUGUGUACUCUUUCAACAAUUUGCCCUUUUAGCUUAUGAAGUUUGACAUCUGUAUUGGUGAUGAAGAGGAAAACCUUAUUUGAAUGGAUAAUCUUUGUACCAAAUCUUUGCUUUUUAUAUUUAUGGUUUUGGAUAUUCUUUAGCUUUCUUUUGCUUCUAUGAUUGGAGCAGAUGAAUAUUUGGAGUUGCAUGCUGUCUGUGUGGAAUGUGCACCAUACCGAAAUUUCAGGAUUUCUUUGACUACCAGUCAUGUUCUCAGCAAGUAGUGUUUAUGAUAAUUUUUUUUCUUCA